ACUCUGAAAUCCCGUCUGAAAUUGUUUCUCUCGUCUGCUUCACCGCCAUCAGCUAAAUAAUAUAAAAGGAUUUGGGUAUUUUGUUCGUUAAUGGAGUUUGAGUUUCCAUACUUUUUCGUGCAAUUGGAGUAUGAAAAACAUAAAUCGCAAACAAACCCAGCGAAACGAAACCUAAGCGAAGAAUUGGAGUUUAUUAGCAUCUCCAAUAAUGACCAGUAGUAAUAGGGAUAUCGUUAGUCAUUCGCGCAGGUUCAAGUUUCUUCUAGGUACGCAGUUUAUUUCCAGAAGCAUCUCGUUCACAGUCAAUUCCUGGAUCAUGAGGCAUCUAACCGAAGAAGACUAUGCGCUCUACGCGAUCCAGUUCCAUCUUUUUGUUACCUGUGUCUUGUUCCUCAGCCGGGAGGGAUUUCGGCGUGCUUGCUUCCGCGCUGACAUUAAAGGGAUCCGGUUAUUGAAAGUGGCGUGGGUGACAUUUCCACUCGGAAUCGCCAUUACUAUUGCAGCUUGCGUCUUUGUGUUAUGGUGGCAGAACCUUUGCUACUCCGAUACUUAUGCGCAGGCUAUCUUGAUUCACGGAUUUGCAUGUGUACUGGAGCUAUUGGCUGAGCCUUUGUAUAUCCUCUCGCAGACAUUGAUGAAUCUGAAAUUGCGGCUUACUGUUGAGAUUUUUGCUACAAUUUCACGUUGUGUUAUUUUGUGCUCUUUCAUAGUCAUGCAAACCAACAUGGAAAAAGGGAUAAUCUUUGCACUGUCCCAAGUUGCAUAUGGAGGUUCCUUAUUUAUUGGAUACUGGGCUUAUUUUCUCUUCUUUGAUGUUUUCAAAAGUUCGGAUCUCUUUCCUUUCAGACCCGGGACCUUCAUGGAUUUCGAUGAGCAACUCUCGAACAUGUGUAUGCUAUUUACUUUUCAGUCCUUCCGAAAGUUGAUUCUCCAAGAAGGUGAAAAGUUGGUCCUGGUAUGGUUUGAUACAUCUUAUAAUCAGGCUGUUUAUGGGAUCGUCGACAAACUAGGAAGUUUAGUUGUACGCAUGGUGUUUCUUCCCUUUGAAGAAAGUACAUACACUACAUUUGCCAGUUGCGCAUCAGGUGAUGAUAACCAGCAUAAGAGCAAGGAACUCGGAGAUCGUCUGACCGAGGCCUUAAAGUUUGUAAUAUUAAUAGGUCUUACAUUUAUGGCAUUUGGCCCGAGUUACUCGUACUCUUUUAUCAGAUUGUUAUAUGGUGAAAAAUGGAGCGAUGGAGAAGCUUCCUUGGCACUACAGUGUUAUUGUCUCUACAUCAUCGUCCUGGCCAUGAAUGGAACCUCCGAAGCAUUUUUACAUGCAGUUGGAAAAGAGAAUCAACUAAAGCGCUCAAACAACAUGUUGCUUGUAUUUUCACUGAUCUACAUCAUAUUAAAUGUUCUGCUGAUAAGAACUUUAGGAGCAGUAGGUCUAAUCUUGGCGAAUUCCAUGAAUAUGAUUCUAAGGAUCACCUGUUCAGGGCGAUUCAUUCAACAUUACUUCCAGGGCACUUCUUCAUUCUCGUUCCGAAAAUGCUUACCUUUAGGCUGGCAGGUUCUUAUCUUUUCGGGCAUAAUCACUCUCAUCUCAGAGAAAAUGUUUCUUAACCAUAAGAAUUUCCGGGAAACAUUUCCUCUCCAUUUCGCCAUCGGUUUCCUAUGCAUCUGUCUCUCAGCCAUUGUCAUAUACCGGUGUGAGAGACCAUUCAUCAAUAAAUAUAUACGUUUCGGAGAUCACGAUCACGACGACUGAAUAAACCGGUGUUUAGGAAGAGAGAGUCGGAACUUUUGUACAGUACUAAUGAACCUGUUUUACUGAAUUAAUACAUACGUUAAGGGGAAGAUCUAUAAUGUAGCCGACAGUACUAUUAUUGUAUAGAAUGAUCAAAUAUCACAAAAUUGAUCUAAAAACUUGUGAUUUUGGAACAAA